AUGAACACCGCCUGGAAAAACGUCCUUUCUGAGCUCCGUCGGGACCAAGAGCUUUGCGACGCCGUGAUCCAAGUCGGCAAUGUGGAGUUUGAAGUUCACCGGAUCGUCCUCUGUGGCUGCAGCUCAUACUUCAGGGAUCUGUUCUGCAGCACAGAGUCGGCAUCAGAGCAGGUCUACAGCUUCCCUGACGUCUCACCACAUGUGAUGAGCCUGGUUCUGGAGUUCGCCUACAGCCAAGCUGCUGCGAUUACUGAGGAGAAUGCGUUGGAGCUGCUGGCUGCCGCAAAACGUUUCGCCAUCAAAGGCUUGAUUCAGGCCUGCUGUGACCUGCUGCAGCAGAACCUUCGUUUCUCAAACUGCAUCCACAUCUGGCAGUUCGCCGACGUCUACGGCUGUGUGGCGCUGCGGCAGAAGGCCUACCACUGCAUCCUGCAUCACUUCGAGGCCAUCGCAGAAGUCUGUGCAGACUUCCUGCUGCUGUCUGUGCAGCAGCUGGCGGAUCUCAUAGAGAACGACGAGCUCAACGUGAAGCAGGAGAAGGUUGUGUUUGAGGCCGUUCUCCACUGGAUCAGCUUCGCUCCGCAGGAACGCAGCGUUCACAUCGCCACGCUGCUCAGCAAGGUCCGCCUGCUCUUGAUGCCUCUUGACUACUUGGCUCACACGGUGAGCAGAAAUCCUUUGGUGAAGAACUGCCCGCCAUGCAUAGCCAUGGUAAAAAGCGCCUUGAGGACCCUUUGUGGACCCGACGUGGAGAGACCACUGACCAGAACCCGCCUGCCCUCUCGUGUUCUGUUCGCUUUUGGCGGCUGGAGGAACACCUUCCCAACCGACAAGAUGGAGCACUACGACGUCCGAGCCGACCGCUGGGUUCGACUGGACAAAGAAGACGAACGUUUUCGACUGUUCUGUGGCUGCGUUUACCUCAAUGGGUUCGUUUACUGCAUCGGAGGCGACGACGGUGGGAACCUUUUGAGCAGCGUGCUAAGGUUCCACCUCGCCACCAGAACCUGGACGGAGGUCGGCCCGAUGCACCUGAUUCGAUGCGACGUCACCGUGGUCGAACUCAAUGGCUGCAUUUACGCUCUGGGAGGCAGAGACAGAACCAGCAAUCUGAACUCUGCAGAACGCUACGAACCCAGCACCAACCAGUGGACUCUGAUCGCACCGAUGCAGGAAUGCCGGAGCUCAGCCGGUGCUGCUGUACUACAUGGACAGGUGUACAUUUGUGGCGGUUUAGGUGGACCUGGACCUGGAGCUGGACCUCUGCAAACCGCUGAAUGCUACAACCCUGAAACCAACCAGUGGACGGCGAUCGAGCCAAUGGAAACCAGGCGAUACGCAGCAGGAGUCAUCGCCUACAAUAACCAGAUCUAUGUGGCUGGUGGCCACAACACCGUCAGUUGCGUUUGCAGCGUCACCGCCUACGAUCCAUUAUUAGAACGCUGGCGCAGUUCGGCUCCAAUGCUUCGCUGCCGCCAAUACUUCGGCAUCGCCGUGUUGGAGGACCACCUGUACGUGGUCGGAGGCUGUGACGAUUCCGAAAUCUGUGGAUCCGUGGAGCGAUACGACAGCAAAACCAACAAGUGGGAAGUCAUCCGGAACAUGGAGAUGCCCAACGGAUGGAUUCGCUGCUUUGUGGUGGAACGACAGCUCUAA